GUUUCUCGAUAAUUGCAAUAUCUAACUUGCUGUAUUCGUCUGAUUUUGUAUUUGGUUUUUCUUUACAGCUUCGCCCCUCGAGAGAUUUCUUUCAAGCUCCGCCACUGCUCCUGUGUGCGCUUUCGCCUCUUUGCCUCCGGCAGGAAAGAUGCCGCCGGCGUCGGCCUACGCCGUCCUCGCCGCAGCCUUCAGGACAAAAACCCCCGUCCCCGUUCCUAGGUGGCUCGCUGUCCUUGGUUCGCGCACGCAGACUGUUGGACAGAAUGCGUUGGAGGUGCUUCCUGAUGCAGCCUUGCCUCCACGCUUCCACCCAAGCAUUGUUCCAAGAGGAUAUGUUCUCGGAUCUCCAAGGCUUUGCCACACCAGCGCUUUGGAGGAUUCCCUGGAUGCCCGCGUCGGUGAAGUUCUGAGAGUUCUCAAGUCCUGUGCUGCCGAUGCUGACCUCGGCAAAGACCUUUUUCAGUUUGCCGAUGAGAUGGACGAGGACGUUGUUCUGAAAGUCCUCCAGAAGCAGAGGUCCAAUUGGCAGGUCGCGCUAUUGUUCUUCAAUUGGGCAGCCGGGCUGCCUUCGUAUGAGCACGGCCCAAGGACGUACACUGAGAUGCUCGACAUCCUUGGGCGGAUGAAGAAGGUCAGGCUUAUGAGACAGCUCUUCGAUGAGAUUCCUGAACAACGCCGUGGGUUGGUCGUAACGAACAGGAUGUUUGCUGUCCUGUUGAACCGGUAUGCAGGGGCGCACAAGGUGCAAGAAGCGAUCGAGGUAUUCUACAAGAGGAAGGAUUAUGGGUUUGAGGUCAACUUGGUUGGAUUCCAGAUACUUCUGAUGUCGCUCUGUCGGUACAAGCACGUCGAGGAGGCUGAGGCCCUCUUUCUCCAGAAGAAAGAUGAGUUCCCUCCUGUCAUAAAGAGCUGGAACAUCAUUCUUAAUGGUUGGUGUGUCAAGGGAAGCCUGGCUGAUGCUAAAAGGGUUUGGAACGAGAUCAUUGCAUCUAAGCUUAAGCCGGACCUGUUCACAUAUGGUGCGUUCAUAAAUGCACUAACCAAAGCUGGCAAACUUGGUACGGCUGUGAAACUAUUCACAAGCAUGUGGGAGAAGGGAAUCAAUCCCGACGUGGCAAUUUGCAACUGUAUCAUUUACCAAUUGUGCUUCAAGAAAAAGAUUCCAGAAGCACUUAAGAUUUUUGGAGAGAUGAAUGACCGUGGUUGUCAAGCAGAUGUGGCUACCUACAACACUUUGAUCAAACACUUCUGUAAGAUAAGGCGGACGGAAAAAGUUUAUGAGCUUUUGGAUGAUAUGGAGAAGAAGGGAUGCUCUCCAAACAACAUGACAUACACCUACAUUCUGAAGACAACUGAGAAACCGAGAGAUGUUAUGAAUUUGAUCCAGAGGAUGGAGGAAUCAGGUUGUAAGUUGGACUCUGACACGUAUAACUUAAUAUUGAACCUUUAUGUCAGUGUGAAAUAUGAGAAGGGGGUACAACAAAUAUGGGAGGAGAUGGAGAGGAAUGGAUCAGGUCCAGAUCAGCGAUCAUUUACUAUUCUGGUUCACGGACUUCACUCCCAGGGACAGCUGGACCAGGCUUUGCAAUAUUACACGACAAUGAAGUCGAGAGGGAUGACUCCAGAGCCAAGAACCAGGAUAUUGGUGAAAGCAAUACAUAUGAAGAAGGAUGGGCCUGAGACAGAAGACCGAUCCCCAAGUAUGACUGGGAAAAAUCUAAAAUUGGAUCGUCGAUCAGGACUUUUCCAUGUUCGUAAAUAGUCACCGGAAGAUUCUGCUUAAGUAAUCCUAGCAGAAGAUGCUGAGCAGCUGGGUUUGUGGAACAUAAUCUAGUCGGUGUUUGUCCAGGUCACAAUGCCCACCCCUUGGGCCAAAAAAAUCCACAAGAGAAGAGUCAUUGGACAAUACGAUGCCCCAAAAUUUAUGCUUUUUGACAUGCCACAGCAGGAUAUGUUUAGGAUGUAUCGGGCAAUUCAGUUGCAGGUACUUGCCUAGAUGCUUGUAUUCUGGAGAUGUAUGCGAAAUACUUGCAUGUGUUUAUUUCUUCAUGCAUUAUAUAUGUUGUUUGUAGUUUUGUAGUUGUUAAUGACAUAUGAACACAUAAAACAGGGAUAAAACAGGUCCAAAAUCUUGUAGAAAUGAAAAGGUCUGCUAAGUGAUGAUACUGCUGGUUCGGUGUAGCUAAUUUUCAGACCCUCUAGGUGAUGCUUUUUCAUGUCUAGCAUUGACCCUCGAGGUGAUGCUUUUUCAUGUGUA